UUAUCUACCAAAACAUGGCAUGAGAGCCCGAGAGCUGCAUUCUCAGAUCCCACCCACACACACACACAAACGCUCACAGGGAGAGAAAGAGGGAGGGAGAAGCUCGAUCGACACCGAUGGAGUCCACGGCAGUGAGCAUAGGCAAGUCCGUGCUGAAAGGAGCACUUGGGUGCGCCAAAUCCGCCAUCGUGGAGGAGGCGGCCAUGGAGCUCGGAGUGCAGCACGACAAGGCCUUCAUCACGGACGAGCUGGAGAUGAUGCAGUCUUUCCUGAUGGAGGCGCAUGACGAUGAGAGGGACGAGCUCAGUAAGGUGGCCACGAACUGGAUAAACCAGGUCCGCGACGUCGCCUACGAUGUGGAGGAUGGCCUUGAGGACGUCGUCCUCCGCGUCCAUGGGCAAACCUGGUGGGGCAUCCCUCGCACGCUCCUUGACCGACGACAUGUCGCCGAGCAGAUGAAGGAGCUGCGUGCCAAGGUAGAGUACGUCGGCCAGAGGAACCCGCGCUACCGCAUCAUCGACGGUGCCUCCAAAGCUCAAGACCUCUCCAUCAACACUGGCCCUGCUACUGACCAGACCAUCUUUGCUUUCCACCAGCAGGACACAACAUAUUCAUCAAAGACAUCGUCCAAUUUUGUGUUACCCCACACCGUUGAGAAUGAGAUACAAGACGGCCACUCUUAUUCAGAAGAUGAUGAAAUGACAAUGAUCCAAGAGAGCCUCACUCACACCAGUAAUGUGCAAGGUCCUCUGGAGGAAUUUCAGCUUACUGGGCGGGAGAAAGAAAAAUCUGAUAUUAUUGAACAGAUUCUAGAACACUCUGGCACCCAACAAAUUCAGGUCAUUGCAGUGUGGGGAAAGGGCGGUGUUGGAAAAAGCACUCUAAUAAGAGAUGUUUACGAAAGCCAAGAGGUCAAUCAAAUGUUUGAACAACAUGCAUAUGUCACGGUCUUGCAACCUUUCAAGCUUGAGCAGAUCCUUAGCAGCUUAGCAUUUCAACUAGAUGGAAGAAACGUUGCUUCAACUGGAGUUAUAGACUUUGAUGGUCUAUUGGACUGGUGUUUACAAGAAAAGAGUUGCUUGAUUGUUCUUGAUGACCUCUCGUCUACCACGGAAUGGGAUAUAAUAUUGCCAUCUUUGCUAGCAAUGAAUAGACAAAGGUUGGUCCUUUUGAUCAUCACAAGGCAGGAGGAUAUUGCUAAGCAUUGUUGCCAAAAAACAAAGUGCAUACACUUGCUCAACGGUCUGGAAGAAAAGGAUGCUUGUGAUCUCUUCACAGAAAAGGUAUUUAAGAGUGAAACCACAGAUUUGACUAAGCAUUAUCCUGAAUUGGUUGAACCCGCAAAUAUGAUCCUUAAGAGGUGCAAUGGGAUUCCCCUUGCAAUAGUCACCAUAGGUGGCUUCUUGGCAGAACAACCAACAAAAACUGUUGGGGAGUGGAGGAAACUAGAUCAAUGCAUCAGUGUUGAGAUGGAGAUGAAUCCAAAGAUUGAGGAUGUAAAAACAGUAAUUAUGAAAAGUUAUGAUGGCCUACCCUAUUACCUCAAGUCAUCCAUCUUGUACUUAUCCAUCUUCCUUGAAGAUCGCACAGUUAGCAGGAGAAGUUUGGUGUGCCGAUGGGUUGCGGAAGGUUACGUAGAGGAUACAUCCCUAGCCGAAAGAUACUUCAUGGAACUUCUAGAGAGAAGCAUGAUAUUACCAACUCAGAUUUCACUCUGUAGCAUACAAGGAACCGACUCAUGUCAGGUACAUGAUCUGAUCCGUGAUAUCAUCAUAGAAAAGUCAAUGGAGGAAAAUCUUGUUUUCAGGCUAGAGGAAGGGUGCAACUUGAACAGCCAAGGUGCAGUGCGUCACCUUGUCAUAAGCAGUAAUUGGGACGGAGAUGAGAGCCAGUUGGAGGACAUCAUGAAGUUGUCCCGUAUACGGUCACUCACUGUGUUUGGAAAGUGGAGGCCAUUUUAUAUUUCUGACAAGAUGAGGUUUCUUCGUGUGCUGGACCUCGAAGGAACUAAAGAUCUAGCCGAUCAUCACCUUGAGCACAUAGGGAAGCAUCUUCAUCUGAGAUACCUUUCUCUAAGAGGGUGUGAAGGAAUAUAUUACCUCCCAGAUUCAGUGGGUAACCUGCAACGACUUGAGACACUAGACAUCAAAUAUACAAGAAUAAUGAGGCUGCCAAAAACCAUCACCAAGCUUAGCAAGCUAUGUCAACUGAAAGCUGGCAAUGAAUUCUAUGUAGGAGAAGAACGGUCAUCACUAGCAUGUUGUGUACCUUUCGCUUGUUGUUGCGCGAUGGUCAUACGAGCUUAUGCUGUUAAGGUGCCAACAGGGAUAGGGGAACUGAAAUCCCUGAACACGCUGCGAUGUGUGCACCUUGAAUGGGAAAAUGCCAUCAUACAAGAGAUAGAAGGUCUCACCAACCUCCGCAAGUUAGGAGUGUAUGGCAUUGAUAGGGGUAAUGGCCCGGAGUUUUGUUCAGCCAUUUCAGGUCUCCGUCACCUUGAAUCUUUGUCUGUGCAGUCAUCAGAAUGGGAUUUAUGUGAUAUCUUGAAUGGCAUGUCCUCGCCUCCAGAAAAUCUCCGGAGCCUUAAGCUUCACGGUUGGAUGAAUGAACUGCCGCAAUGGACCAAGGUGCUCCAGAAUCUGGUGAAGAUUAAGCUAGAAUACACCGAGGUGUCCAUAAACGAUGAAGAGAUGCGAAUCCUUGGGAACCUACCGAACCUGUCCAUCCUGUCUUUCAAGGAGAAAUCGUUCCAGAGUGCGCUACCUAUCACUUUCCAUAGUGGCCUCUUCAGAAGCCUCGUGGUGCUCGAGCUUGUUUACAUGGAAGUGGAGGUCGGGGCAUUGGAGUUCGAGGCAACAUCGAUGCCCAAUCUCGAGAUGCUGAACCUGCGACUUAUCGAUUGUAAAAUUGGCAUUUCUGGGCUAGAGUUUCUCCCAAGCAUCAAAGAAGUGCGGCUCUUGGUCCUCAUUUUCCCAAAAUCCAUCACACUGAAGGAAAAUAUGACUGAAGAAGCAGCAGAAGAGGAGGCAAGGCACAGGGAAGACAAAGUCAAGGCAGACAUGAGGAAGCAGCUAGCCAACAAUAAAAAUCACCCCAUUUUGAAGAUGCAAGGAAUGAGCUAGGUCGACAACCUGUUUUCUGGACCAAGGAGGAUCGAUCCGGAGCAUAUGCCAGUGUGUUUGUUUCCGUUCCGGUUUGGGCGAAGUCUUUGUCGUAUAAUGUGUAAAUUCUAAGUUUGCAGUUCAUGUGUAGGCGUUCACUUCUUUUUCCUUGUUUUGGCCUUGGGCAAAUAACUCUGUAACUGACCAUCACUUCUGUUCAUGGUGAUCUGGCUUGCCAUUACCUCCAUGUCUUCCUGAAGCUUAUCUGUCAACCAGCCAGGAGGGAGAUGUUCCAUGUUGUUCUUCGAUCAUUUUUUUUUUUUUUUGAUAAAUUUGGAUCCUGAACCUCAUCAACUUGUUAUAUGUUCUUGCUGUGUUGUCAUUUGCCAUCUGAGAUACCUUAAAGCAUAUACAUGUUGCAGGGUUACCAUCUUUUUAUGUCAUGUUGAAGUUUACUGUAAAUAUGCUAGCAUUUAGUUUACUGUUGUCAAUACUAUUAAUGUGUUACUACUGAAACACCAUCAAUUUGACAUUACAGAAGUUCAGUAUGGUAAUUGCCACUCAUGUACUUACUACUGAAAGUGAAACACCAUUAAAGGUACACAUUGCCCUAGCUGGUUCUGCCUAGAUGUUCAUUGUCAAUCAACAUUUGUACAUGUGAGACAUGCAUCUGGAAUGAUUCAGCUUAGCUACCGUACACAGAUUUCCCGAUCGAAAA